AUGGCCACCACAAAACCAGCCAAGAAAAUCUUUCCAAUAGAAACAUUCAUCUCAGACCUCCCGACAAGCCACAUUCUAAAGCAAGCCCCUCCAUCAGCUUCAGCUUCGGAAAAUGCAGCCAGACCAGCCCGCGGACGUCUAGUCAUUAUCGGGGAUAUACACGGAAUGAGAAAAUCCCUCUCAUCACUCCUAGACAAAGUCAAUUUCUCCCAGCAAAACGACGACCACCUGAUUUUCGUCGGCGACCUCGUUAAUAAAGGGCCCGAUAGCGCUGGCGUAGUUGAUCUUGCCAUGAAGCUAGGCGCGAGUGCAGUGAGGGGGAAUCAUGAAAAUGCAGUUUUGCAUGCGGCUGAGCAGAUUAAUGCCAGAAGGGAUGAUUUGGUGCAGGCUGGGGUUUUGACUAGUGUUCGCGGCGACAGGGACUCGGAUCCCGGGCAGGCCACACCAGAGAGACCCCAGGGUCCGAGUUCUGGACCUGAUUUCGAACUAGUUGGCGACAUGGAGAAUUUCCAAAAACACAUGGCUGCCAAUGCUCGUCCCGAUGACGUGCAGCACGGUGCUGCAACAUACACCACGGCAUUGAAACUUUCGAAAGACCAUCUGGAAUGGCUAGCCUCUUUACCAUUAAUCUUACGAGUCGAACUACCCCGUGAUAUACCAUCGCCUUUUGGCGAGAAUUUAAUCGUGGUACACGCGGGCCUCGUUCCGAAUAUUCCACUGGAGAGACAAGAACCGCAUUCUAUCAUGCAUAUGCGGAGUCUCAAUCGUGCAUCGAGUGAAGGAGCAGAAUUUCUCCCAACGGAGGACUUUGGCGAAGAAGGUUGGAUAAAGGAAUGGGAUUUGUGGCAGGAGAGUCAGGAGUCUAGAACGACGGUUGUUUUUGGUCAUGAUGCGAAGCGUCGGUUGCAGGUGGGUAAGUAUACGAUUGGACUUGAUUCGGCCUGUUUGUAUGGGCACCAAUUAAGUGCGCUUGUUAUUUCGGUUUGUGAGGGACAAAUUCAGCAUCAGGUUGUUCAAGUUGAUUGUAUUGAUGAACCUGUGGUUCCGACAGUACCUGUGCCUCAGCCUGUGACUAAGAAGGAAAGUAUUCAGACAGAGACUCAAUAA